AUGCGUGUUUCAAUCCCGCCGGAGCUUGUCUCGAGCCUUGGUGCCUGCGAUAUCAGCGUAACGGUGCGCGGCGAAGGGAUCGAUAAGUAUCCAGCCAAACAACAUGCGCGCAAAGUCGCAAUGAAGCUGGGUGUGUCCAGCGGCCUUAUCUACCUGGUUGGGAAACCAACCAUCAAUUGGGGCGAUUCCGACCAACCACAACCCUUUCGACAGCGACGGUACUUCUACUAUCUUAGUGGAGCCGAUGAGCCGGACUGCUUUCUUACCUACGACAUCAACAAUGACUUACUGGUUCUCUAUGUUCCAGACUUUGACCUGCACCGCGCAAUAUGGAUGGGGCCCACGUUGACCACAGACGAGGCUGAACGGCGGUUUGACGUAGACAAAGUGCGCUACUAUGCUUCCCUACAGAGCGAUAUUCAGUCGUGGGUAGAGAAAUACAAUCAUGCCGCUCCAGUCUACAUCCUUCAUAGCUCUCAGCAGCCCCAAUUCAUUUUCCGGCAGCUGAACCUAGAUGAUCAGCGCUUGCUGCCCGCAAUGGAUGCGGCGCGGGUGGUCAAAGAUGAUUAUGAGCUUCGUAUGAUCCGCCACGCCAACAAGAUAUCCGGGUUGGCCCAUCGCAAAGUGCUCGAGAAAAUCCACAAGAUGUCCAAUGAAGCCCAGAUCGAAGGCCUCUUCCUCGACACCUGCGUGUCGCACGGAGCGAAGAACCAAGCAUACGAAAUCAUUGCUGGUUCGGGACCCAACGCAGCCACCCUCCACUAUGUGAAGAACAACGAGCCCCUCAAAGGACGACAGCUGGUCUGUCUGGACGCAGGUGCAGAGUGGGAGUGCUACGCAAGUGACGUGACCCGCACCUUUCCUUUGGCCGCCGAUUGGCCCAGUUCAUAUGCCCGCGACGUCUACCAAAUCGUAGAAGAGAUGCAGGAGGAGUGCAUCAAGCGCAUUAAGCCAGGUGUGCGGUUCCGCGACUUGCAGGUGCUUGCCCACGACAUAGCCAUUAAGGGCUUGCAGAAGCUAGGUGUCCUCAAACCGGGCACCGUGGAGGAGAUUCGCGUGUCGGGGGCGUCGGCCAUUUUCUUUCCUCACGGAUUGGGCCAUCACGUUGGACUGGAAGUCCACGACGUGUCCGAGAAGCCAAUCACGGGCAUGGGGCUGCCUAACAGACCUUGCAGACCCGACUUCAUCCCAGCCAUGAGCCAGUCAGUCCCCUUGCUCGAGGAGGGCAUGGUGGUCACCAUCGAGCCAGGCGUUUACUUCUCCAAGCUGGCUCUGGCAAAUACCCGGAAACUGCCUCAGGCGCAGUACAUCAACUUCGAGGAGGCCGAGAAAUACAUUCCCAUUGGUGGCGUGCGGAUAGAAGACGACAUCCUGGUCACUCGGACAGGGUAUGAGAAUCUGACGACGGCGCCAAAGGGCGAGGAAAUGCUGGAGAUCAUCCGGCGCGGGAUCGACAAUUAG